AUGCUGCCGGCGGUUGUCAAGCUUUGUUGUGGCAUCUCCUAUCCUCACCUCAGGAGCAUGACAGGUCUGCAGCGGGCGGCCGUGGCAGUGAUAGGCCAGGAGAUCUCACACCUGCACACGAGGAGACAGGUGCACCAUCACCUCAAGGCCCACGCAGCCCAGUGGAACGAGCCCAGGUUCUCCCCGGCCCCGUGCUCGCCCUCCACAGACGAGACGCGCCUCUACCAGCAGCAGGGACGCGUCGCCAUGGAAACGGCUCUGUGCAUGCUCCAGGACAGAGACGGCUGGAAGACGGAGAUCACAGAGACCAAUGGAGACGUCAUCUGCAGUAAAGUCCUGAGAGGGAAUAAGAAGGUGUUUAAACUGGAGGCGGUUUUAGACGCCUCAGUGGAGCAGUUAUACGACGUCCUGUUCGUCAGAGUGGAGGAGAUGCACCGGUGGAACCCCAGUAUUCAGCAGAUCAGGGUCCUUCAGAGACUCGGCCCGGAGACUGUAAUCACACACGAGGUUUCCGCGGAGACGGCGGGGAACCUGAUUGGUCAGCGGGACUUCCUGAGUGUGAGGCACAGCUGUAAAAAUCAAACCAGAGUUUAUCUGGGAGGAACUGCCAUCCAACUGGACGCCUUCCCCCCACAGAGCGGCUUCGUCAGAGCGGAGGAUGGGCCCACCUGCAUCGUCAUCGAACCUGCAGGACCGAACAGAAGCAAAUUCACUUGGCUUUUAAACAUGGACGUCAAGGGUUGGCUCCCAAAGUCUCUGGUGAAUCAGGCCUUACCCCGGGCGCAGCUGGACUUCACCCGUCACCUGCGCGGGCACCUGUCGGCAGGGGGCGCUCUCCGGGGCUGA